GUACAUAUGGACAUAAGCAAGGUGUAUAAGUAGUUAUAACGCGGUUAUGCGUACUGUAGUAAAUAAUCGAAUGAUCGAACCACGCACAUAUAUAUUGAAAAUGGAUUUUGCGAAUUUUUGGCAUUAAGUCUGGAAACCAGUGAUAUAAGUCUUCUAACAAAAGAUCAGACCACAGUGCCAAGGACAGCGUGCGCAACAUGCCGGCAGGUGCCAUGUCUGGUGGCGGGGAACUACAGAACGUAAAACUCAUGUUGCUUGGCGACCAGGGCGUGGGGAAAUCCAGCAUCGCUCUGAGGUUCGUUCGAGGAGAAUUCACAGAAAACUCAGGAGCCACAGCUGGGGCGGCGUUUCUUACACAGGCGAUGAGAGUGUCGGGACAGACGAUUAAGUUUGACAUUUGGGACACCUCGGGACAGUUACGUUACCACUGCCUCGCUGCAAUGAAUUACAGGGGCGCGCAGGCCGCCGUGGUCGUCUACGAUAUAACAAAUAUGGGUGCGCAGGCCGCAGUAGUCAACAUAACACAUAAGGAAACGUUCACACGGGCGGUGGACUGGAUUAGGGAGCUGAAACAGCUGGCGAACUCUCAGAACGUGAUUGUCCUCGUCGGUAACAAGGCGGACAUGGCCGCCGAGAAACGAACCGUCCCGAAAGAGAAAGGCCAAUCGUUCGCUGAGGAGAACAACCUGAUAUUUACCGAGGCUUCAGCCAAGACCGGCAUGUGUGUGGGCGACGUAUUCAUGACAAUAGCACAAACGUUAGCAAGUCACGGCAUUCCACGCAAACAGCAAGAUCAAAACGUAAAACUCGGAAAGGAUUCUAAAAGGAAAGGCGGGUGUUGUUGUUAAAACUAUUUGUAGAUACCGGAACAUACAGAGUUUUACACUUACCGUAUCCAAUGUAUUACGAAAUGUGGUGCCAGGAGCUUUUCUCCCAAUUCGGCCGUGGACAUAUUUUGAGAGUUUCCAGGAUUUCAGCCACUGUCGGUGCAUAGGUACACUCUAAGAACAGUCAUGGAAAUAAAAAUUAUGUAAAAUACUUACACUGGCACAAAUUAAACUAAAACGCAAUCUUAAGUAUUGAUUGUUGUGUCACCAAAUUGUUGUCUUUUACUAGGUCUGUUAUAUAAAAGUUACCUCCC